GAAGUCGCACACCGGCUGCGGCACAGGCGAAACAGCUGCUGCAGGAGUACAUCUCGGGCAUCUACAGAGACGUCGUUGCACAGAACUGGACCUCUGAAACAUCUGGUGCCUCGCCAGAAGCUGCGAAGGAGGCGUUGGCCAACUCCCGGGCACCUGGUGUCCAAAGGUGGUAUGGCAGCUUCGUGGUAGACGGGGAGGCAGCAGAGGACCUCGUUGUCACGUUGGCCAGCUGCGGAGUGGAAACAAGCCCGGUCGAUGAGUGCAGACCUACUGGCACCGCAUGGUGCUUCUUCGGGGCAAAUGCUACCCCCAUGGGUAUGCAAGGAAAGCCAGAGCAUGUGGACCAGCUAGCACCUGGAACCAUCACUGUACACACCCAGCUUUGCGGAAGAAAAGUCUGGAAGCUCCGGCCGUAUCUGCUGUGCCCGAAUUGGUCCGGCGGAGCUCCUCUACUGUCGGCCUCCUGCUAUGCCGGACGAUUGGAGCUUCUCUGCGAGGAGGGCGACCUCCUCCUCAUAGAUACAGCGACCUGGUAUCACACCACCGAGAUCCCGGCGUUGACAGACUUUUCCUUCUCUUUGGCGCAGGACUUUUCCGAACGCCUUCCGGGCGAAAAGCUGCAAGCAAUGGAAGCAAUACAGCCCUUCGGCCUGGGCAAACGAGGGUUUUUAUUCCGACUCUGGAGCAUUCUUGAGUGCGUUAGGUGGUGCUUUUUGUUGAGGCUUUUAUCUUCAUGCCUGACGAAAUAG